AUGUUAGCGAAGAAUGUCAUUUCGAUUAGUGGGCUAUCCGGUUCAGAUGGAUGUUCUGGCAAAUCUGGAUCGAAGGGUAUUUCUGGCAGAAGUAGCACUCAAUAUGACAAAGCUGGUGGUAAUGGUGGUAGGGGUGCACAUGGAUCGAACGGACAACCUGGUGAAUCUGGCGCAAAUUCUCGACAUGCAUUGAUUGAAUUAGACGGAUCAGUUGAUAAUUUAAGGGUGCGCGUAAAAAAAUUUGAAACAUUACAUACCUUUUUAAAAUGUUCUAAUACUGUUAACUCGAAUCUCGACUAUUUCUUUGAAGAAGAAGAGUAUAGUUUUCAAUUACAAAAGUCAAAAGAAAUAGUCUUGAUAAAGGCUAGAGGUGGUAAUGGAGGAGCUGGAGGACGGGGAGGGAAUGGCGGUAGCGGUGGCAAUGGUGGUCAUGCUGGUCCUGGUCGUAAUGGUAGGACGGCAAUGGAUAUUCAUAGUGAAGGCGUUGCUGCCGAAAAUGGAGGUGAUGGUCGGGACGGAGCAUCUGGUGGACGAGGAGGUGACGGCGGUAACGGAGGCAAUGGUGGCAAUGGUGGCGAUGCAGGUGAUGGUGGACAUGUUGAAAUUUAUAGUUCAAAUUCUCAUUUAUUUAUGUUAAUUGAAGUGGAUUGUCAGGCGGGAUUAGCAGGUAAAGGUGGUUGUAGUGGAACAGGUGGUGUUGGAGGUGUAGGUGGGGCAGGUGGAGCAGGUGGUCGUGGUGGCAGAGGUGGCCAUAAUUCAGCACAUAGUUUUGGUUCUUACAAUGGUAGCAAUGGUGCGCAAGGUUCUACAGGAACAGAUGGAUCUGAUGGUAAAUCAGGCAAAGAUGGCUUAACUGGUGUCGAUGGUUGCGUUGCAAAUCAUGGUUCAGUUCAAUAUACUCGAAUAGAUAUGAAUGGGAAUGUUAUCGAGAGGGGACCCACUAAGUAUCACGCCAGUGUUAGCGGUUAUACUAUAACUAAUGAGAAUAACGAUGAAAUUUAUGAGCCAAAUUCGGACUUUUUUAUUACAGAUGUUCGAUGGACAAAUAACGGCUCAAUAACUUUACCGAGUGGUUCUAUAUUAUCGUUUUCAUCUACAAAAUAUAUUUCUAAUAAGGUCAACGACGCUAGUUUAUUGAUGCAAGCCACUGUUAAUCAAACGCUUAUCGAUUCUCACAAAUUUAGAUGUCAUCUUAAUGCAGUACCCGUACCCUCAGUCAAUCAACCAUACAUUCAGCCCGUAAUAAUAACAGCAGAAAUUAAGUUAUUAAACCGCUUAUUUCGAAAAAAUCAAUUUUCAACUACUAUAACUUGUCAAUACCCGAUUCAAAUUAUAAAUGUUCAAGUUCCAACUGUUCUAGGCAUUGGUGAACGAGAUAUCGUAACAAUAACUUUCAAGAAUAUUUCUACACGAUCAUAUGGUACUUGUCCAAAUUCAGCUGGUUUCGUAGAAUUUAUAUUCUCAUGUCAUCCUUUAAUAAAAAUCAUAUCUAUAAACGGAGAAUUUCUGUAUGAUAUGAAAAACGCUGGAAACGAUCACUAUAAAGUCAAUGAAAUAAUCCUACGUAAAUCAACGAAGCAUAUUAGCUUUGAAGUUAGUUCUAGUGCAGAUGCUAUUUAUCAAGUUUAUGAAAGUUUGCCUUGGAGCUUUGUCUUGUUAUUGCGUGAUAAACCAAUUGAAAAGCAUGAAAACAAUAUUCAGAUCGUACCAUCAUUUAGGUCUAAUAUUCAUACUGAUGUACUUCUAUUUACAAGUUCACCAUUUACUCGAACUGACUUCCUUACAUAUAUGAAUUUAUUUCGUUUGUUUAAUUAUUCCAAUCAACUAUGGGAUAUACGACGGUAUGGAACAUUUCAUCAUCCAACAGUUAAUUGGUUGAAUACAACAGAUUUGAUUAUUUUUAUUAGUUCAGAUCCUCAAUCAACAUAUGAUGUAAUGAAAUCUGAAUUGCUGUUACAACAUAUGAAUUCAUCCGCGAAUGCUGGUUUUAUAUGUAUGAAUGCGUCUGAGUAUGAUCAGAAAUAUGUGUAUCAAUCUAUUUUGAACUCCUAUCUUGCUAACCGAAUAAUCAUCAUUUCAGGGGAUAAUUAUUCAUUAGUUCAUCGACAUUUACCAUUCAUAUUGAGCUAUGGAUUGACUACUAAACUUCAGACCAGCGUUGAUAAAAUGAGUAUCCAAUCAGAAAAUCAAGAUAUGACUGAAAAUAAAAUUCAUUUGAACUCACGAUUUGGUAGAUUAAUAUGCGCUAUAUUGAUGUAUCAAGGAUUUGGAAAAUCAUAUAGAAUUAUUAGCGAAAAAAAUCGAUUAGCAGAUUAUAUAUUCGUAACUGACUCAAUUCAAUUAGAUUUCAAUCAAAUAUUAGUUAGUCUUGCUAUGUCAAUUAUUGAGUAUGAAUAUGAUCGAAACAGUUUAGAAUUUCUAUUAACCAAAAAUUUAAUGAAAGAAAUCGCUAAUAUCAUUACGAACAAAAAUAGUGUUACCAAUAAUUGGUUCUAUUUAUUGAUUCAGUCAUUAUAUGAAUACAUUGAUAGUAAAUUUUCGAAGUCUUUUCCUUGGUGUACUUACACAAAAAAAGCACAACAACGACAUAAAUUACAGAAGAUCAUCAACGAUAUUACUUCAUUAGCAGCAUGUAAAAUACCGAAAAAUAAAGAGAUAUAUGAUCUAGUUCGCGAUUUAAGACUACAAAGAUUAGCAAAGUUACAAUUACCAGGAGCGGAUCACAAAUAA